CCGGAACCUCGAUGAAAAUAUGGAAACAUGAUCACCGGGGAACCGCUAUGACGUCACGAAAGCGGCGUCUCGGCUGAAUGGAGGUAUACAGGUCCAUAAAGGAUAAAGGCAUUUCACUUUCGGCAGUCAACACUCCAACCGAAUUCGUAGGUGUGUCCACGCUUGAUGUUCUAAACUUCAAUCAGCCUAAAAUCUUCGUUCACAAGCCAGAAUCUUGUACCAAGCAUGUCUUCCCUCUUGGAUGUGCCUCUAGAAGAAACCACAGGAGACGAGGACGUUACAUACAUAUUUGAAAAAGAUAAGCAUGCCAAAAUUUUGCUGGAGAACCUUGCCGAGAUGCAAUCUCAACAUGGAUUGUUCACUGAUUUGAGCCUGACCACCAGAGCACAGGAUUACAAAGUGAACUUCCAUUCGAUGCUGCUCGCAGCUUGCAGUCCGGCACUCAAAAAGCUUCUUGUAUCGAGGAGCCCUAAUGAGGGUACAAAGCGAAGUAUAGUGCUUCAAGGACUGACCAAGGAGGUGCUGGAGUGUUUCAGAGAAUUCAUCUACAAGUCCGAAGUCACAGUGGACGAAGACAUCCUGGAUGACCUUCACAACUUUGCAGUCAAGUACGACAUUGACGUGCUAGCGACAAUCCGUGGGGAGCUUGAGGAUCAGCGAGGAAGUGACCCGGUGAAAUUUGCGUUUGAUAAUCAUGAAGAUGUGCUUUCAGAGCUUUUUGACAUGUUCAUGGAGAAGGAAUUAACCACAACAGUCUUGGAGGACCAGAAGAGCGACAAUCGGUUUGCAGUUCAUGGGCCUGUCAUAGCGGCAGCUUCACCUGCGUUUAAGGAAGCUCUGUUACACGGUUCGUCAGCCCGAGAAAGGAAGAAAUUUCGAUUGGAUAUUCCGUCUAUUGCUCUAGCAGAUGUCAUCGGAUACAUCUACUCAGCAAAAGUAACCGUACAACGCAGAAAUGCCGUUGGCCUGCUAAGAGCCGCUUGCACCUACGAGAUGCCUGCACUUGCUAAAGUCUGCUGUGAUUGGCUGAUUUCAAAACUGCACACUUAUGACGUGGCGGGCCUUCUAUGCUUGUGCAGGGAACUGGAUUCUGUGUACACUUUAAAUCUUAUAGAGGAGUGCAAGAACCACAUUAUCGCCAAUUUCAGUGAGUUGUCUGCAGAAGACGAAUUUAAUGUUCUGGGUUACGAAGAUCUUAAAGAACUCAUCCAGCACGACAGCCUAGACAUUAAGUACGAAGAAGACGUUGUUGAUGUUGUGAUGAAAUGGAUAGGCCAUGCCGAAGAGACUCGUUUACCUCACCUGAGCGAGCUGUUGUCCUGUGCUCGGUUGGAGCAGACAAGCAUGGAAUUUCUUCACGACCUGGAGCAAGAUCCCAGAAUUGGAAAUUCUCCUGGUUGCCUCCAAGUAAUCGAGGUUGCUCGACAAAGGCUGCAGGCUGCUGACGAUCAAUCUGAGGCUCGCUCAAGCAGUUACGAUGAAGGAUUUGAAGACUUCGAAAGCCGCGAUGAAGAUACCCUGUCUAGGCUCUCAGAAGAAACAUUUUUGCCUGAUCAUGACGAUGCAUCAUCCGCGUCCGAUAGAGAAGGAGCCCAGCGACAGAGUCUGCGUGACAGCUGCCUGCAUGACGGCUACCGUCUUGAUAGCAGCCAUCAUUCCGACAGCUAUUCACCUGGUAGCUGCUCACGUGAUUACUACCAGCCUGAAAGCUAUUCGCUUGAUAGCUACCAGCGCGACAACUACCCACGUGACAGCUACCAGCCCGACAACCACUCGCUUGACAGCUACCAGCCCGACAACUACUCGCGUGACAGCUACCAGUCUGAUAACUCCUCACUUGACAGCUACUCGCGUGACAGCUACCAGCCCAGCAAAUACUCGCGUGACGACUACCAGCCUGACCACUCACACAAAAGAAGACCCGGCACGCGCGUCGACGGCCGACCAGACAUGCGGUGUAAAGAAAACCGUCAACUAUACUUGGGAAAGGGAGUCAACAAAAACGGGACCCCAGACAAAAGGAUACGGGAAAAUAGGACAAAGUUUUUGAACAAAGACGGCAGUCCAGACAUGCGCUGUAAGGUCAACAAAGGGGCAACCAGAAGUCCUUAUGUCACAAGUCCACUUAGCACUUCAGGCAGUGGGAGACCCUCUGGCGGAGCACGGUUUCCUUGGGAACUGUCACUUCCCACUGGUUACGUCGGUCCCCUGAAAGAAGAUGGCACUCCUGACAUGCGCUGUAAAGCCAAUAAAGAGGUAAUCAGGAGUCCUUAUUCAACAAGUUCAGUUUACACUUCAGUCAGUGGGAGGCUCCCUAGCGGAAUACGGAAUACGGAACUGCCACUCCCCUCUGGUUACGUCGGCGGGCCCUUGAAAAAAGAUGGUACUCCGGACAUGCGUUAUGCUGCGAACAAACAACGCUGUGUGACAAGUUUAGCGGAAACAGGCCCCUCCUCGUAUAGGCCAUUAAAGAAGAAUGGUACCCCCGACAUGCGCUACGCUGUAAACAAACAACGCUGUGUGGCAAGUUCCGCGGCAGCAGACGCCUCCUCGCAUGGGCCUCUGAAGAAAAAUGGUACCCCGGACAUGCGUUAUGCUGUUAACAGGCGGCAAGCUCAUUGUCCCUCUCCACCAUCCUCCAAGACUCCUGGACCGCUGAAAAAAAAUGGAACCCCGGAUAUGAGGUUCAAGGCCAACAGGCGAUAAGGCCGAGAGAACCCUAAACUUUUAUUAGUAGUGGAUUUGUUGUUCACCAGAGUAACUAAAGACGUAGAAUCGCAGUUGUUGUAGUUUCAGUUUUAAAGCGAUAUUUUUGUAAUUUUUUGAGCAAAAGGCUAGUAGAGCAUGGUUAUUGACAGCACUUUGAUCCAGUAUGAAUUUCUUGACGAGUAAUAAUUAAUUCGUUCGUCCGUUUUCUUAGUCGCCCUUCCCCCACUAACUGUUUUGUCAUUUCGAACUUGCCCUAAUGUUCGAGUUAACUCUGUGACGAAUAUUAGUAACAAGGAAGUUAAAGAUGUUAAGAGCCUGUUAAUGUUAUGUUAAUUCGCACGGUACGAAGAAAUGAAGGUUUAACUACAAUGUCUUCCGGUUUUGUUAAAAUUUGAAAGGCUGACGUUUGCGUCACAUUUUUUGGAGCGUAUGCACCCUACCAGAAAGAAUAAAGCUUUACAACCUUGACUGA